GAACAGAGCCGGGCUUUGCAUUGCGGCGCCGGUUCGCGAAUGCUUCCGCUCGGGAUCAGCUGACGAGUGAGGAAGUAGCAGCUGCCGCUUGCUGAGCCCUUAAUAGAGGCAGAGUAAACAGAGCUGAGUGAUUGACCCCCCCCCCCAAGCAUAGCCCCACUGACCGAACCCAAGCCCUGCAGCUAGCUCCAUUUGCCCCUGUCCCAAGAGGGUUGCAGCUGAGGGGGCAUAGCCCAGGCCGCGUGUAGUGUGCAGAGAUGGCAGGGGUCGUGGGAAAUGGAGCUCAAGUGUCCUACAUUAGUCAAGAUUGCAAAGAAAUUCCGGAAUUUAUAGGAAGAAAAUAUGGAGGUAUUGCAAAAAGGCUAGACCUCAGUUUCAACUUGUUAAGGUCACUAGAAGGACUAAAAACAUUCAGUUGCCUGGAAGAGUUGAUCUUGGACAACAAUCUCCUCGGAAAUGACCUUCGGUUACCCAGGUUACCUCACCUCCAUACCUUAACGCUCAACAAGAACCAAAUAACAGAUUUAGAAAGCCUGCUGGAUCACUUGGCUGAUGUGGUGCCCUCCUUGGAAUACCUCAGUUUACUAGGAAACAUGGCUUGCCCAAAUGAACUGGUCAGCAAGGACAAGGAUGAGGAUGACUACCAGAGGUACAGGUAUUUUGUUCUACACAAAUUGACCAACCUGAAAUUUCUUGAUACUCGGAAAGUAACCAAAUGGGAGCGUGAGGAAGCCUUGUUACGAGGUGCCUUCAUGAAAGUGGUAAAGCCCGUGGAUGCUAAGGCCUCCUCCAGUGACACUGCCUCCGUCUCCCCUGAGACACACUAUACGCCACUGCCUUCAGGAUCCAGGGAUCUCACCAAUCACAGAGGUGUUCUGGGAAAAUGUCGCUACAUUUACUAUGGGAAACAUUCGGAAGGCAACAGAUUCAUUCGAGAUGACCAGCUAUAAAACAGCACCGUUCCAUGCCUCUUUAAACAAUCCACAAAACAUGCACACAAAAAGCACAAAUUGCAUCUACAUUUUCUGCGUGUAACUAAAAGUCCUCCAGUACUUUCUGCUGACUUUGCCAAGCCUGUCAAGAUCAUCUUUCUGUCUUAGUCUGAGUAGUCACAUAGAGAUUGACAUGAUUGCCUUUAAGCAGGUCCCAUCCACCAGUGUGACAGACAGCUGCAGCCAAGCACCAGGCCUGACAAGAUGAACACCAUGAUGGAUUGCCUGGUCCAAUUGCUGCACACAGAAGAGCAAAGGUCACACCUGGGGCUUCAGUGAGCAUGCUCAGUUGGUUUUAGUAAGAGCAAUGCUUUUAUCUAAAGUUUGCUUGUUGAGUGAGAGAGGCUUGCAGUAUCAAUAUGCUCAUAAAACAGCAGCUAUAACCGAAGAUUUAAAAAGCCCUUAUUUUUCUCCCCCAAGAAUUAGGUACCUUAGUUUAACACACACAAACCUUUUCAGACAGUGUUUAUCACAAGUGAAACUUCGUGGUUUGCUUUGCUCUUUCUUUAAGGGGGCAGGGGAUAUGUUGUCAGCAAUGUUGAUAUGAAAACACGUUAGCAAUGCAUAGCACUGAAUCUGCAUAUUUUUAUUGAAGAAAAGGGGUCUAAGCAAUUUUGCACACACAACUGAACCAAAGCAUCCUAUUUUUGCUUUAAAUCUCAAAUUUUACUACAUUGUAACAUUCAAAAGUGGGGCCAUUUUUAACAUUGCAGAAUAUAUGACACAGAGGGCACACUGUUUAACUGUACGUGCUUGAUUAUGGUAGUGACAGUUCUACUUAUGCUUGGUUUAUUUGACAAGAUUUUUUUAACAUGUGCAGAGAUUAGAUUUAGAAUUAAAUGUUUUGAAAGGAGAAAGCAAAAAACACAACAAAAACCUACUGAGCGUAGAUGAUAUUUAGAGGAAAACAAGGUACAAUUGUUUGUUUCAUAUCACUAACAUUAUUGUUGGAAUCUACAUAAUUUACAAUCUCACUAUAUGUCUUAGUCGCCUCCCUAUUGUGGUCAUUAUUAAUCCCCUAUUAAUAUACAUGCAAAUUAUGUAAACAUGGCUUCUUGUCAACUUUUCAGUAACAAAAUGAAAAUCCUUAGCAUUUUACAAGUCUUUUUAGCAAAUGGGGUGAACGUGUUUGGAGCAAUGACUCAUUUCCUUUGUUACUGUGUUUCAAGUUCCCAAGAGUUAAUACAUUGUGUUGGGUGUGACUAGAUGUCAUGGAAUUGACAAAGAGUAUGCAGAGCCUUUCACCUCUAGGCUGCAAUUUCAAAACCAGCCCAUGAUGGUAUUGUCUAAGAGCUGUUACCAUCUGUUGGCUAUUUGUUGGCUUGUAUGAAAUGAGUCUGUAUUCGCUUUCCUAAAAGACAGGUGACUCUCACAAAACUAAAUACUUACAAGUGACUCAUAUUUUGGCAAUCUUCAGCAUAUGCUGUGGAUGGAAUGGGACUGGAGACUGACGUCUUUCUCUGCCAGAGGUAGUCCCUCCAGAAAAUGAUGAGGCACCUUGGCAGAGGAAUGAAGGGAAGCUGGCACUGCUACUGUCCAUGUUAUUUGCCUCUCUGAAUGAACAGAAGACUUGACUCACUAUGGCUGUCAAUAUGAAACUGCUAACCAGUGUUACAUUUACUUUUACAUUUGAAAAGAAAUAUAUAUAAUAAUAGAAAUAUAUUUAAAAUAUACAGGGCCAGGAUCUUCAGCUGCUAUAAACUGGCAUAGCUCCGUUGACUUAAAUAGAGCUACACGGUUUCCAUCAGCUGUGCAUCUGGUCCCAUCUAUUUUAAAUUCAGAUCUGUCUCUGAGUCGGCUGCUGUACAAAUUGCUGGGAAGUGAGUUGUGGCUACAGUAGCACAACUCUGCUGAUGUCAUAGUCUCUUAUUUGGCUAUUACAGAUAGGAAACCAAAUUCUGAUUAAAAGGCUUCUGAGCUUUUGGGAAAUCAGGAGGUUGCUUCUCUUGUGACAUAAUUAUUAGAUUUCUAACUCAGUGACCAAAAUAACAGCAAGUUGCCAUCCUAGCUCAUUUGUAUCAUCAUAUCUGUUCUGAAUCAUCAACUCAUGUUUUGACCAUAGCAUAUUACAGGCAGCAGGGUGCUAAACAGAGGUGUCUAGAAUAACCUAAUGUCACAUUCCGUCUGGUUGCAUAUACGUUCCUGUCUCUAUAAAAGGCUUUAACCCUGCCUCAAACAAUAAAAAACACUUGCAAACUGACCACAUGAUUUUUCUCUUUUUUGUUUUUUUUGUUUUUUUCCUUCUUUACUUUUUGUAAUGUCAAAACCCUUUGCAUCGAGAACAUUCCUGAGGAUGAUACAAAGCUUUGGAGGCAAUAAUAUUUUUGGAAUGAGAUGUGACCAAAGAUAUUUUUUCAGUAUUAAAUAAUGUAGCAACUUUAAGUAAAGUUAGCUGAAUUAGAACUCUCAAUAAAAUCCACUAGUUCUGUAAAGUCAUCUGAAUAAUCUUAACUAUUACUUUUUAUGGCUAUAAUAUAUUAGCAUAUUAUUUAAAUACAUGUGGGACUGUUUACUGCUGUCUGUAUUACAUACAUUGCUGUAGCAUGCAAGGUAUUUCAUUCUCAGAUAUUUUGAACUGAAAUACUGUUUCAGGGUGUGGCAAAUCUUUUGGGCCCAGUCCUGCAGUCAUUGCUGAGUCCUUUCUUAGGUGUUGAUACAAAGUGGGCCUGAGGCAGAGCUACAGGACUGGGCUGUAGGUUGUUCACAAGUUCAAAAUUGUAAUAUGUCAAUCUCUUGACAGGAAAGGGAUUUAAGGAGAGAUCCUCAUCUGCAUCAAAUUACUCUACCUUCAGGGUGGUGAUUCAGGGUAGACUAGUCCUAAAAUAUCCUUUUCAUCGGGUCCUCAGUUUCUCCUUGAAGCUGCAUACAUGCACCGCACACACACAUUUCCCCUUCUUCUCCUUAGCUGUUGCAGAGGGCUGUGUCCCCAUGACUGAGGGCUGGGAGCAUUUGCUGAAGCUUGUGUACAUGAAUGUGCAGAAAAGCUCUUUGGGGCAGGGAGAUUGUUUUUUGUGCUGAGUUUGUACAGCACUUAGCACAAAAGAGUGUUGGCCCAUGACCAGCACUUCUCAGCACAACCCACAGUACAAGUAGUAAAUAACAAUGAUGGUGUCUGCAUCCUUCUCUCCUUUGUGAGGCUGUCCCUUCCAUGGCCCUCCUAACCCUCACUGAUCCCAAUCUGGUUCCCAAACCCAAGGCCUCUGCAUAAUAACUCUGCCCACUCUUGGAAUAUCAGGGCAGUCUCCAAUAAUGUAAUUUUAUGGGACAAUUUGUUCCUUUGAAAACACUAGUUUGGACUGUAGAAUUAUUGAUGGCAAAUGUAAAUGCUUUACUCACCUCCCAGACAGCUAGGAACAAUCCUAUUGUCCAGUAGCAUGGGAAGACCAAGACUUGGUGAGCAGAAGCUGCUACCCACCAGAUGAGCUGCAUUCAAAGCCUACUGCUACCCACCAGAUGAGCUGCAUUCAAAGUCAGUGGGGGUCUCUCCUUUGGUUUCAAUGGGCUUUGGAUCAGGGCACUGAUGCCCUCAUUUGCUGGUGUAUCCAACUUGAUGAUGAAAAUGAGAACCAUUCUGUGUCCUCAGUUGCCUUGUAAAUGCCACCAAUCAGCCUAAGAAAUAUUGCAGACAUGCUGAACCAGCUAUUUUCUAACUCCCUUCACUGACUCUGCUUAAUCCAAUACUGCACUUAAAUGAUGAGUGCACACGAGUGCAAUGUAUGUACCAUAUUGGAGUAGGGGGCACAAAUGCUUUUGAUGAGCUUUUACAAGGUCCAUUGUGAACCAGUUUUGUUUUCAGCACUCAUCUGGGCUCUCUCAUCAGUAAGAGUACCAGGUUUUUUAAAGUAUAAAUCAGAUUCCAUCAGGGGCCAAUCUUUCCACCCUCCCAUCCCUAUCAAAGCCUUGCAGCAGUGUAAGAAUUUACUUUGUCAUCUUUCCCAGUGCUGUCUGAAUGGAAGCUGUGCUGUGCACCAUUUUUUGCCAUUGUGUCUUAGCAGAGAUGACACAUGGAAUAUCAAACUAUUUCUCUUUUCCUUCCCCAGGCUGAAGUAUGUGCGCCCACACCUUCUCGUGUACCCAAACAAUAGGAUAAUAAACAAAUCAGUUGCCUGUUAAACUCUCUCGGGGUGAUUCCUGAGGAAGUUGGAGGGUGUCAGUAAGUUAUCAACUAACAAGUGGCUCUUGAACAGUUCACAUGGUGAUCUGCCAAGCUAUUUAAAAAAGAUCAUCACUAAGCCACCAGGAUUUAAAGAAACAUUGCUUCUAUGGAGUUACUACAUUGUCCUGUAGCUCUGGCAGAACAAUGGAGUGGGAUAGCUGUAUUAUUUGUUGGCUAACCAUAUUUGGGAAUAGGAGAUGUGUGGUUUUACAGGGAACUAUUUCUAGCUGCUGUGUUUUGUUAAUGUAUUUGUGACAGUUAUACUGAAAAAUAAAAUAUCCAAACUGAA